GACGAUCGCAAUAAUAAUCCCGAGGAGCGCAGCCGCAGUGCGUUUUUGUCGCCCGAACCGAUAUUUCGAAUCACUCUGCGGCAGUUAUUAUGUUUCGCGUAAUCGUCGCCAUCACGGCGAUUGCGGCCACUUCGGUCACAUGUGCAGGCGGCGUGACGCACCGGACGACGGUCAGGAGGCAGCGGCAGUUCUUGGCCGACGGAUACGAUCGGGAGGCGGCCACUAGUAGUAGCGUUUGUCCGGAAAGGAAUGGACGGUACCCAUUAGGCAACCAAUGCGACAAAUAUUUACAAUGCGAAAACGGCGUACCAGCAGAAAAAUUAUGCCCAGACGGGCUAUUCUUCAACUCAAAGUCAUCGAUAUUUUCUUACCCGUGUCAAUAUCCUCCAGAAGUGGAUUGCGAGGGAAGAACCCAACUACAACCACCACAGCCUACUAGUGACUGUCCGAGACAGUUCGGUUAUUUUCGGCUCGGUGAUGAGACCAAAUGCGGCCAGUUCCUGAACUGCGUGAACGGCAUUGGAUACAAAUUCGACUGCCCAGAAGGAUUGGCGUUCAACGAGCUAACGUUUAGGUGCGAUUGGGCCGACCAAGUAGACACGUGCGACGCGGAAGCAUUUUUAGGGUUUAGGUGUCCUCCUGAAGAUAUCAAUUCGUUGGAUGGUCACAAACUCUAUCCUAAUGCUGUGGAUUGCCAAAAAUUUUAUCUAUGUGUUAGUGGUAGACCUAGGCUAUACAACUGUGGAACUGGAUUAGGAUUCAACGAACUCAUCGGUGCUUGUGACAUCAGAGAAAAUGUAACAUCAUGUUACUCAAGGACACCGGACAAUUUCCUCCGACUUGGUUAAUGAACGGUAUUAUAAAAGUGUGUAUCGGCUACUAUCAGUAUUAAUGGAAGUUACCUUUUAUAUUUCGACGUGUACACUGUAUUAUGGAACAAACGUGCACUUGGUAUGGCCACCAAGAAUGUGUAAUAAUCUGUAAUGUUAUUUAUUCUUGAUUACCAUUUGUUUUACUUUUGUAAUUACAUUUUUAUUAUAAAUA